AUGGAUUUUCAAAAGCUCAGAUGGCUCACUAGAGCACCACCAAAAGGCCAUCUAACUCGGUUCUUUUCUGUCUCAGCUCGCAGAAACACUAUCAAACAAACAUCGACUACCAAACAAUCUUUCCCGUCAUCUUCAACUUUCAUUUUUUCUCUAGUUUCAGCAGCUGCAGCUUCAGCAGCAACAUACUAUUAUGCAAAAUCAGCGUUUCGAGAUGAAAGCGUACUCCGUCCAGAAUCAAUAAAUAAGUUCUGGCCUGUUAGAAAGUACGGCGGUGCUGCUGAGCUUGCGCAAGCAUUCCCAGAAUUUCAAGAAUUUCUCAACGACCGAGUAUCUACUGACCCCGAAGAGCUCAAACGCCACGGAUAUUCUGAAUGGUCUACCAUCAACAUUGAACGUAACCCCAUUGCCAUAGUUUAUCCAGAAUCCACUGAAGAAGUCUCUCGCAUUGCCAAAAUCUGCCACAAGUAUAGACUCCCCAUGAUUGGCUUUUCAGGUGGAUCUUCUCUUGAAGGCAACUUUUCAGCUCCUCACGGCGGUAUCUGCAUUGACUUUUCACAUAUGAGUGCAAUUCUUGCUAUUCGACCCGAUGAUCUUGACGCUACUGUUCAACCUGGUGUAGGCUGGAUGGACCUAAACCAACAUUUAAAAUCCCAAGGCAUUGAUUUGUUUUUCCCAGUCGACCCUGGUCCAAUUGCCAAAAUUGGCGGCAUGGUUUCGACUUCUUGUUCUGGUACAAAUUGCGUUCGCUACGGACCCAUGCGUGAUCACAUUGUCAACCUCACUGUUGUUUUGGCAGAUGGUACUAUCAUCAAAACACGCGGUAGACCCCGCAAAACAUCUGCGGGGUAUAAUUUAAACCACUUGUUUGCAGGAUCUGAAGGAACCCUUGGUCUUAUCACUGAAAUCACAGUCAAACUAGCUGUUGUUCCUGAUCGCACUACAGUUGCAUUAUCUACUUUCCCAUCUGAGCGCUUGGCUACCAGUGCUGCCAUUGGAAUUAUCCGUGCUGGCAUCCCAGUUCACUGUGUCGAACUUAUGGAUGACGUUCAAAUGUGGGCUAUUAACAAGUCAAACUCCACUGAGCGUAAAUGGAAGGAACAAGCUACUCUUCUUUUUAAAUUUUCCGGUUCAAAUGCAUUUGUCGAUGAACAGAUUGAAAAGGCUCGCCAGGUCGCAUCAAAAUACCAGUCCUCUUCUUUUGAUUUUGCUCGCAACGAUGCCGAAGCACAACAAAUUUGGGCGGCUCGCAAAGAGGCUCUUUGGUCUUCUAUGGCCCUCGGUCCUAAGGACGCUAAAAUCUACACUACAGAUGUGGCUGUGCCAAUGUCUAAGCUUGCAGAUCUUAUCGAAGCCACCAAAAAGGACCUUAAAGAUUCUGGCGUUGCUUUUGGAUCUUCGCUCGGCCAUGUCGGUGAUGGUAACUUUCACGCAAGUGUCAUUUAUAGUGACACACCGGAGGAUGCUGAGGUUGCAAAGAAAAUUGCUGAGAAUGUCAAUUACCGUGGCCUUGCUCUUGAAGGAACCUGCACAGGCGAGCAUGGCAUUGGCAUGGGCAAAGUCAAGUAUCUUGCAGAUGAACUUGGAACCGACGUUAUUAACGUUAUGCAUACCAUUAAGAUGGCUUUGGAUCCGUAUGAAUUGCUUAACCCUGGCAAGGUUUUUACGCGUGAGGUUACAGAAUGGGCCUCAGAAAAGGAACGCAAUGGAACAUGGGGUGGGAAAGGUUUCAAGCUUCAUAAGUUUGGACCGGAAAAUAACACUGAUGCAAAUAUUUGA